AUGUCUCAGGGCACGGUGAAAGUGGCCACGUCCAUGAUCCGCGAGAUGGUGGAGCAAGCCGCUGGUGUCAAGGACUCCAAGGGCAAGAUUGAGGUGCUUGAUAAGGUGGUCCUCGACUCAGUCCUUUUGGCCAACAACAGUCAAAGCCUCACCAAUACCAUCACCCCUGAUGUGGAAGCAGGCCUACCAGUGUACGAGGGCUCUUUGAGAUACAAGACCCUCGAGGGCCUUUUUGACGUGUUCGCCCUGCCGUACUUGGACAAGUCCGUGGAGGAUCUCCAACAGACCACACAGGCCAUGUUCGGCUCCUUGAUGGGUGGCGAGGACCGGAGAAGGAGGGAGAAGGUAGCAGAGAUGACGGCCCGGGCAGAGGAUGCUCAAAAGGCUCAAGGUGUCUUGGCCUCCGUUUUCAAGAUCUCUGAGGGCAAGGCUGAAAAGCUCUUGGAGAAGAAGAUGAAGGUCGCCACAGAUCAAGUUCAGAAGGACCUGGGUGAGUCGGCGGUGGUGAGGAUCCUUCAGGAGGCUGGCUAUGGCUUGCCCGAGCUUCUCAGCUUGGGUCACCAGCCCAGAGUCUUGCGCGCCGUGGGUGUCUCCGCCGCUGCGUUGGUGCACCACGUUCCGCUGAAAGGCCUCUAUGAGGCUGGCUUCCCCGCACAAGAGCUCAUCAGCCUGGGCUAUUCCAAAGCCGACCUGAAAGAUCUGGGUUGUGGCGCUGACGUGUUGAGGUCCCUGGGCUACCAGGCAGCUGACCUACGAGGCUGUAGCUUUAGGGCGACCGAGCUGGUAGAGGCUGGAUGGACACCAGAAGAGCUGAAAGAUGCUGGGUUCACAGCAAAGGAGCUUCUCACUCUGGGUGCCCGGCAACUUCGAGCCAUGGGAUUUACAGUUCAAGACCUCUCCCAAGCAGGAUUUCAGCCCAGAGAGCUGAGGGAUGGAGGCUACCACUUGAAGGACAUGAUGAUGGCAGGACACAGCUUUCCCGAAGUCCUCAUCGCUGGAGAAUUCCCUUUGGAUCAAAUUUCGAGCACCGUGGUCCACCUGUUCACUCCCGGUGGCGCCACAGCAGAAACCGCGCCAAAAAAGAAGCUGUGA